AGCAGUUUCUGCACAGAGCGGCAGAUAAUCUCCUGGUCUUCACUCUGGUCCACAUACGACUCCCUGCUCUGCAUUGACUGCUGUCCACUUUGCCUGCAAGCUGCAAAACUUUUCCUCUCAGGAAUUCUGGUAUCAAAAUGGAGUCUGCUACAAUGGAGCUGCCUCUGCAAUCAAAUCAGUCAUCAGAGAGCUGUGUGGCAGUAGAAACGACAGUAGAGAACCAGCUAUUUGGAUGGUUCUACAUUGGGGUUUUCUUUCUGGCUCUGAGUGGUAACAGUUUGGCUCUCUGGAUCUUCUCUCGCCAGCGUGGGGUUUCCUCUCCUGCUAACGUCUUCCUGAUUCAUCUGGCUGUGGCAGACCUGUCAUAUGUGAUCAUCCUCCCACUCAGGGCUACUUACCACUUCACUGGAGGCCACUGGCCCCUCGGUGAGGUUCCCUGCCGGGUGGUGGGGUUUUUGUUUUAUGUCAAUAUGUAUGCCAGCCUGUACUUUCUUGCCUGUGUGGCUGCAGAUCGCUACCUGGCAGUCGUUCAUGCUGUAAAGUCACUGAAGGUUCGUCAGGGUCGCUAUGCACACAUCAUCAGCUUCUCCUUAUGGGUCCUGGUUACUGUCUCCAUGGCGCCACUGCUUAUCACCCAUCAGACUAGACAGGUGGACAAUACAACAGUAUGCUUGCAGCUGUACCGUGAAAAGGCCUCACGUAAUGCACUGAUCUCCCUGGCUGUGGCCUUCACACCACCUUUCCUUGCCACCUUGUCCUGUUACCUACUCAUCAUCCACAGCCUGCAUCGAGGUUCUAGGUUAGAGCCUGCCCUCAAGCUGAGGGCUUUGCGUACCAUCGGUGUGGUCAUGCUUAUUUACGUGGUCUGUUUUCUGCCUUAUCAUAUGAGUAGGGCCACCUUCAUCCUUGGUUACAACCACCCUGAUGUUUCCUGCCAGACACGCAGAGCCCUGAGCAUGGCCAACCGCCUCACCUCAUCCCUCACCUGUCUGAACGGUGCUAUGGACCCAUUGGUCUAUCUAUUUGGGGCAGAAAAAUUCCGCAGCUCACUGAGGCGAUUGUUUUGUAAAGAUACAGGAGGGAUGUCUGCAGCCACCAGUGGAGACUUGAAAGGAACACAUGAGAGCUCUGUGAGUGCCAAGUCUGAGCUCUGAGAAAAAUAGAUUUUAAUAGGAUCUAAAAAAAAUUGUGCAAUCUGAAUAUCUGUCCAAUGAAACCAACUUUGUUUUGACUUUUCAUGGUCUUUUGCCUUGCCUAUAAUUGAGAGAAGGUGAUCAAGGCCUAGUUUUUGUAUGCAUCACACACCACACCACAUCAAUGAACUCCCAGAGACGUUAUGUCAAUUCUGAGAGAAACAGAGGAUGUCAGGACUAUAAGACACCACAGACAAAAAUUGGAUCCAUGUGUUGUGUAUAUCUACUCUCGGAGGACUUAAUGGGUUAAUUUUUAGAGCAUACAUCACAAGUUAUUUUACUUUAUAUGACUUUGCGUUAUAAACAAUUUAAAAUAGGUUGACGUAGCCAUCAUCCCAUCAACUGGUGGGUUGUGGACUACUGUAAUGAAGUUAUGUGAAAUUUGACAUGUAGUUGAAGUUAUCUGGACUUGUUAAACUAGUUCUGAUGAUGAUUUUCAAGCAAAAGGAAUGCUAACUUAACAGCUAAUGUUAGCAGGCUGACUAAGUUGGAUAGCUAAGAUAAGGCUAACUGCAUUAAUUGGGAUGCCACCCUUCUGUGGUCACAGACUUAGGAGAAAAACACACCAAUUUUGGGGGAAUCUAUCACAAAGACAGCAAAUUACUUUAAAAAUACAUAAAUUUUUCUAAAGGGACUACUGAUAAACUGAACAGAGGGCUAACUAAGCUGGAACCAGUCUAGCAAAACUCAGUAUGGUGGUUUGACCAAAGUCUGCAAAUUUAUUAAGUAAAAGAGCCUCGAGGCAGAUUUUAAUGUAGGAUGACAUGAGUCUGAGUAAAGGUGAAUGUGGGCUUCUACUGUUUUUUAAAUGGUUAUCAGCUUAUGCAAUUGCUAGCUAGCUAGCUGGCGGCUAAAUUUGAUUGCUAGUUAGUUCAUGCUAACUGCGUUAAUUGGGAUGCCAUCUUUU